UGUCUCUGUUCUACGCUCAAUGACGCAAAACGAACCAAGACAAGCACUCGUGCGCAGUGUGUCGCGAAUUUUUCUGCAAAUUUUAUAAAAACAAGUGUGAAUUUCUGAGAAAUGCUUGUUAGUUGUACUAUAUACGAACUGCAUGGUUUGUGAUAUAUUUUGAUAGUGAUUAAAACCUUGGAUUGCAGUGAAGGGUGAUAAAUAUUGGUGAUACGAAAGAUUUGACACUCCUUGUGGUGUUUAUUUCUUUGGGAGUGCCUUUUUAAGAGGAUGCCAUCUUGAGGAAAACAGCUAAGCAUGGGCAGCGCUAAAGUGACAAACAUAUCGAACAUGGCGGAAGAAAAGAAGAAAUCUAUCAAAUGCAUAAUAAAAAACUUUUUCGGCAAAAAGAAAGAUAAGGACAAAGACUACAAAGACAAAGAUAGCGACAUAAGACACAAAGAUAUCAGACAGGAGACACCUAAAGCGAUACCUGUCGAGACUCUGCUCGAGAAUUUCAAGAAACUAGAGAUUGAAAAGCAGAAACACAAGGAAGAAAAAGAUGAGUUAGAAAACUUCUCCUUCAAUAAGGUACAGGACGAUGAACUUGACAACUUCACAGUCAAAGUUGUCGAGACAGAGAGGAGAACAGAAAGAACGGGACGGAUAGAGUCCCACUCAUCACAAGACAGCGGAUUUUCAGAAAAAGACGUUGACGACAAAAAUGAUGACGUUCUUAAAUCAAGUGAUAUUGCACAAACAGAUAACAGCGUCCACAUAAAAGACGAAAAGACACAUAAAGAAGACGAGAAGAAAGAAGGUGACGUCAAAAAGGUGGGAAAAGACGUUGAGAAGGAGGGAAAUGACGUUACGAAGCCAGAGGACGACGCUAAGGAAGAUGAGGUUAUAGAGUCGAUGCAGAACCUGAAGAUUGAAGAUGGAAAGAAGAAAACUCAAGUGGUACCACUCAGGAGAGGCCCUAUGAGGAACAAAGUUGCUGACUUCGCGCAUGCGCCGAGACCUUACGGACUGGAAGCUGAUAACAGCUUCAGACAGAUAAACCAAGUGAACAAACACACAUUUUCUGGCGGGCAGGUCAUUGUGGCAAGCCGACUUCAGAGCUACCCUGCUGAAGACCACAAAGACGACACCAACCAGGAAUUGCAACAUUUCGCCGAUGGUCUGGCCAUGUGUGGCGUCCAACUCGACGGACAACCGUUCGACCUGGACAUCAUACAGGAAUACCUCGACGAAAAGACGUCUACGGUCCCCGAGACGUCGAUACCACCAGCGUCAAUGCCGUCUAUAAUGAUGUCGCCAACGUCAAUGAACUUGUCGCCAACGUCAAUGAACAUGUCGCCAACGUCAAUGAACAUGUCGCCAACGUCAAUAGUGAUGUCGCCAACGUCUACGCUUAUGUCCGAAACGUCAUUGAUGGAAUCCGAAACGUCCAAUUUGAUUGACGAAUUCAUCAAGGAUCCGAAUUGCCAAGAGCAUUUACAAACAAUAAGUACUAUUGUUCAGAAGGAGAUUGAAAAUGAGAAUCCAAUCGAGGAGUUAGAGAAUACUAACCAUUUGAACUAUGAACCUAUUGAGAGUUUAGAUUCUCUGUUGGGGUUAGAAGAAGAUAGGUUAUAUUCGAAUAUAUUUCCAACCCCGCCUAGCGCCGAAAACCUUUACAGUCCGAAAAAUGACGUUUACAACCACUUUUUGACACCGCCUCGUUCGGAUACAGCUCUCAGUCCAAUGUCGGACACAACGUUACUCUACCAAACAAACUCUGAUUACAGUUUAUCGCCGAAAAGCGACUGCGAAAAAUACCAAGAAAUCCCACAGUUUACAGAAGAUAUAUCAUUUGUAUCCGAACACGAAGAGAGCACAGAUAAAAAAGGGCGCGAAAGGAAUCCGUCGACUUCCUCCUUGUCUAUGAAAAAUUUCAAAGACAUGCAGAAAGAAUUAGCGGCUGGUUUUACGAAGAAGGAAUGCUGUCAGAUAAACAGAAAGCCGUGUAAACAAAUAUUCCAAGAACACUUGAAAAAUUUAAAGCCUGAAGAGCGUAAAAGCAUUUGCCUCAAAGUAGCCAGUAUGGAUUUGAAAACUGUCUAUGGUGUCCUCCAUCACGUGCUGCUGGGCCUGUCGCGCGGCACUCCCGAAGAGGACUUACACCUGGCCCUCUUCCCUCUGCUGUGCGAGCGAGUACUCACGCAAAAGCCACAGCUGUUUUUGGAGGACUUUGGUUUAAGCCUCCUGAAAGCCGCCACAAUGAGAUGUCCGCAGAGGCCGCUGAUGGCGCGUUACCUCGUGCAGUGCAUCCGGACUGCUGUCAAACUAGACCCCGCCGCUGUACAGGGGAAGGACUGUCUCUACAGAGAGGUGGACGCGCAAGGCGACACGCUCGUGACAGCGUGCGCACGCGCCGGCGACUCGUACGCAGCUGUACUAGCCGAGCUGCUGCGGCGCGACCACAACGACCUGCCGCUGUUCAACGUGCAGCACGGCAACACUGAAGGAUAUUCAGCAUUGCACGUAGCUUGCAGACAACAUACAGCGGCAGCGCCCUGCCUGCACGUUGUUCACGUGCUUCUAGAGCACGGAGGCGCCGACAUCUGGAAGGGGGACUCGAAGGGCGGCGACACGGCGGUGCACAUGGCGGUGAACUCCGCCAGCUGCGAGCUGCAGCUGGUGCUGCUGCUGUUCAGGCACCUCGACAGGAAGCUGUGGAAGAAGCUGGCGCACGUGCCCAACAGGAGCUCGGUGACACCCCUGGACUAUGCCCGCUGCGCCGCCAAGUCCACAACCAGACAGAAUUACCCUCCAGAAGUACUGGACUUCCUCAAGAAAUGCCGCUGAAAUCAACAUGAGCCUAUUCUUACCAGCCCAAAUCAUGGCGGAUUAUCCGACACUAUUGUAGUGCCGAUUUGACGAACAAAAUUUUAUUUUCUUUUAAUUUGACAGCCCUAUGCCGUCUUUCACUUACGAUAAGUGCCAGAAAGAGACGGAGGUAGUUUGAAAACUGUAAAAUGGAAUCGAAAUCGAGUUUGUGGCUACACGUUACCUUUCCAACAGUAGGUUAUUGGCGUUAUAUAUAUGCGCUCGUUGAUAAGCUGAACACAAAUUGCCUUCGGAUUAUCGCAAACCAGCGAGCGUUUAGAAAUUGACGACGCCGUUUCUAAUGAGACGAGUUAGACUAUUUGCCUACGACAUAUAUAUAUGUGCAUAAUUUUGUUAACAAACCCUUGCAAUAGACAAGUUUCAAAGGUGAAAAAUUGUAUUGUAAAUUUUAACCUGCAAUUAAAUUUCAAUGAAAACAGGGUUUUGUCACUGGGUUUUGUUGAAUAAAGUCACAGAAAUAUGCGAUUUUUCAACAAUUCGUUUAGUUCACAUGGUUUUCACUCGUCAUACGUCUGCUUCAGACGAUUCAUUGCUAUCAGAGUCACGCACUUUUCUCCAUGCAAUCCAAUUCUGGAGCGGCAAAUUCUACCGCACACUGCAGAAGCCUCCAAGUGGAAUGUUGUCGGCUUGGUGUCAUUCUCCUACUCGUCAGAGUCUAGAACCAGGGGGGUUAAAAACACCACAUCGAAGCAAUUCAUUAAAAAAGCAAUAUUGCAAUUUGACAUUUACGCAUAAAAAAGUAAGCGCGCGAUGUAAACAAUUGUCAAAUAGCAAUAUUGCUUCUUUAGAUGAAUUGAUUUGACGUGGCCUUUUUAACCCCCAGGUCUUGUCGUGAGCUUGACGCCUGCGCAGUACAGUCAUGAGCAAUAUAAUGUACCCACUUUAGGACUGUCGCACUAACAUAUUUGACAUUUGGUGAGACUUACAGUGCAAUUUGUCAAAAAAAAACAUGUCACAUGGUACCAAAAUGCGCAUAUUGAUGCGCGUGCAUGCUUUCCACUCAUCACUAAGGCAACGAUAAACAGCCUAUUGCGUCCCACUGCUGGGCACAGGCCUCCCCUCAUCCGUUUGCGGGCUUAGCACCGUAAGCAAGCGACUCUUUCUCGCCGCGACAGAGAUCAUCUGUCUCUUUCUGUGCAAUACUGUGAGAGAGUGACGGGUGACGUAUGUCGAGGCGAGAAAGAGUCGCACACUUACGGUACUAAGCCCGCUGAUGAGGUAGAAUAGAGUAUACCACCAUGCUGCUUCACUGGUUGGCGGAUAAAAAAUAAACACCGAAACGCGAGUCGAUUUAUAAAAGUUUAUUUCCUAAAUUAACCCUAUCGAGAAUCGAACCCAGGACUGAUAAUAGUCAAGUUUUCUAAGGGAUACACGACAGGGAUGCUUCUAAUGUGCCCAAUUUUUGAAAAAAAAAAAAUAUAUAAACCGUCUUUGCAAAGACAGAAAACGAACUGUCAAAAGUUGUAAUUUUUAUCCGCCAAUUCGGUUUUCGCGGGCUGUUUUGGCGCCAAGUAAAUAGUGUUGCUGUGUGUGAAGUGACGAUCGAUUUUUAUGGAAUAAUAAUUUUAUGGGAUUUUUAUAUGUAAUUAAGUAUAUGACAAAUGUUGAAUUGUUUAUUUACCUAAUAUAACAAUUAUUGUUAAGAAAAAUAAAUUGUCGUAUGAGUUACGCUACGCUAUCUACAUAGCCAUAUUUGUCGCAUCGUGCGCGGUAAGUAAUCUAUUACAAGGAGAUUAAAAAUGUUCUCUUUUUUAUUAUAUCCCGAUAUGUAUGGAUUUUUGACAUGGAUUUUUUAAGUAUAAUCCGUGGUCUAAACACGUUGUUUUCUGUUUGUCCUAAGUUUUAUAUUAGGCCCAAAAGCAAUGACAGUCAAAAUGGCGGGUGUAUGAAAGAAUCCAUACAAAAUGUAUAUCAGAAAAUUUUACCUAAAUUACAUUAUUGUUUUGUCAUUAUGUCGAGUGCACUUGGUUGUGUUAUAACUUUCCCCUAAGGGAGGUACAGAUUUUUAAAGCAUAGGUACUUAAUAGUACAAUUUAGGUACAAUUUUCUGGUAUCACUAAAGUACUCCCGCCAUUUUGACUGUCAUCAAAAGUAGCGUAUAAGAAUAUUUUUAAUUACUUUUUAUUGAUGCACUGUCAUACACUGAUGCACUGUUCGUUUUUUUGUACCUUCGCCCACUUAAAGUAUUUUUAUUGUUUCUCGGGCGGUACAGAGUAAGAAAUGCCGGGGAUAUCUUUGCAAGUUUACUUUUUACGAUUUUUAAGGGUGACGAUACACGAUCAAUUGUGAUUGACGACGAUUGAUGAGAAGUUUCUUUGCAUAAUUAUAGUGCAUUUUAUUUGAGCAUCUCUUUAGUACGAUAGACGUUAGUGAACUUAUGAUUAUUUCAUAGUUAUUAAAUACGUUAUAAAGAUUACCAGUCAAGUUUUAGUUAAUAAUAAAAUUAUAAUAUUUAUAUCGUAUUGAUCUCCUUCAUUAAAAUAAUUUGAUCUGAAUUAUCGAUAUCCAUUGUUUUAACAAAACAUAUUUUAGAAAUCCCACCACAUAUGAAAAUUUUAUUUUUUUAUCGUAAUAUUCGUAUGUAAAAAAUCACGGCACAACAAUUAUUUUUACAAUUAUUUUGGCGCCGAUUCUGGCAGACGGACUUAAUCUUAAAUUCAUUUGACAGCUCAAAAAAAUAGACCUAUCCUUCUCUGAUCAUACGUGAAGAAAGAGACAACUAGUUUUGGAACUGUCAAAAUAACUUAUAAUUAAGUUGGUGUGUCCGAAUCGGCACCAUUGCGUAGGUAUAUACCUAUCUAGUUUGGGCUAGCAUUAAGUUUGUAAAUAGAAAACAAAAACAUAAAAACGAAAAAAAACGAAUGAGAAGUGAUUUGACGGCAAUGUUUCUGUUUGCAGAGCAUUUUGGAAGAAGUUAGUCUUAUCCACAGACGUAUUAUUGAGUUUAUUAUGUCGCGUCUGUGAGUUUUUACCUGAUAAUUAUUUUCGGAGUCAAUUUUGUUAUAAGACAGCGGCGUACGGUCAACUUGGCAUCAGUAAUUUGAUAUUGGUGCAAACUACUCAAUUUUAAGUUUGACAAUUCUAAAACUGGCUUAUUAUAAGAAUUUUCUAGAAGUUCCAAUUUGCCUCUGGAAGACGCAAGUUACAGAAGCUUUUCUUCCAAGAAAAGUUACGGAUGAUAAUGUUAACGCGUCUUUGAAAUUGUAGAGUGUUUGUCGUUUAAAAUAGUUUCUACCCUGACACAUACAGUAUUAUUACAAAAUGAAGAUUAAAAGAUAAACUAGGUUUAAAAUGAAGUCCGUGUCAUGAAAGAAGUCUCACAGUCGCCGCGCUAAUGUCGCUGAUUCUGCAUAGAAUAAUUAUGACAUUCAUUCGUAGCGCGGAUUACUAUUUAAAACCUAAUUUAUAUUUAGUCUUCAUUUUGUAAUAACUAUUAAAAUCCUAUCCUAUGAUUGGCUAAAAAUUCAGUAAAUUGACAGGAGAUGUCAGUUUCAACCAAUCACAGGACAGCAUUUUUUAUUUGUCAAAAUAGAAGCUGUACUAUUGAGCCUCUGAUUUCGUUCAGUAAUUGAUCAAUUUGAUUGAUGCAAAGUUGAUCGUAUCGUGUGCGCCUGUGAGUUGUAUCAUAUUCAUUAUACCAUUAGUGUAAGCUUAACAGAUUCACAAUAAAAUUAUAUUGUAAUGACAAUGAAAUAAAGUUUGUUAACAGUAA